GUAGACGAGAUAUAUUUGUUCCUUUUUAUUGUAAAUCAGGUCAUAUUGUUGUGGCACAUCUGCAGUAUACAAAAGUACAUUUUUCACAAAUAUGAAUGGUGCAAAGCAAAAAACAUGGAAUGUUUGGCUUUUGAUUGUUGGUUUGUAUCUUUGCUUUGUGACAAUCGAGAGCAGUAGGCGACUUUGUGGAAAGAAAAUCUCUCUACCACCUCACACAAAAUCUUUGCGACGAUCUCGAAAAGUAAAUCACGUGACAUUGCUGUGUGAUAAAGGUUACUACUUUGGAAAGGCAGGCAACAAGAAAGAUAUACGUUGCAGUAAAUUUAGAAGAUUAGCAUUUAAUAAAAUUCCCAAAUGUAAAGGAUGUGGUGAUCUGACGCCACCAAAAAACGGAUCAGUUAGGUACAUAAGUGAUGCCGUGGGAUCUGUUGCGGUCUAUUCAUGUAACAUUGGAUACAGAAUCAAAGGAUCAAGAAAACAGAGAAAAUGUCGACGAAAUUUACGUUGGAGUGGAGGCAAAAGAAAAAUAAAGUGUAUUAAAAACAGAUGUCACAAUCCAGGAAACAUAACCAUAAACAAUGGAAACGUCACAUUUAGCGACAAAUUGUUUGAAGAAUUUACGACGAUUUCCUUUGAAUGUGACAAUGAUUAUGAGUUGAUUGGUGAUGAAGAUAUAGUUUGUCUAAAUGGACAUUGGUCAUCACAACGUUUGCCUUUAUGUAAAAGAAAACGUUGUCCCAAACCAGAUAUUCCUGAUAAUGGUCGAUAUUUUGGUAGUGAUUAUUUUGUUGGCUCCACCGUUGAAUUUUUCUGUGCUUCCGGUUUCAAUUUGCAUGGAUCAAAACGACGAACUUGUCAAGAAGAUAAAACAUGGAAUGGAACAAGCGUAGUCUGUGAUGAUGGAAGAUCUUAUUGUGUAGAUCCUGGGACACCAGAAGGAGCAAUAAAAACAGGAAGAUCAUACAAUUUGGGGGACAUUAUUCAAUAUCGUUGCGAACAUAGUUUAAAACUUUAUAAAGGAUCUUUAAAAAGGAUUUGUUUGAAGAACAGAACAUGGAGCGGUGAGCCACCGAAAUGUGUUGAUGAAUAUUUCAAAGUAUUUCCGUCAAUCAACGAGACAGCAGACCUACUAAGUGAAAAUUUCGUCAACAACCUGCUACAGACCACGUGCUCAGGUGCUAAUGUCACGUGUCCAAAGAGGGAUACAAGAGCGCGGGCACUCAAUCUCAAAUACAAAGAAGGAUUGGAUCUCAUUUUUGUUCUUGAUACGUCAAGUAGUAUACGAGAACAGAACUUUGAUAUUGCUCGCGAAUUUAUCAAAGAUAUGGUAAAAAAGUUUGGUAUUGACGCACGUCAAAAAGGUGAUGGAACACAUAUAGCAUGCGUCACGUUUGGUUCACGUGCUGAGAAACAAUUCUCAUUCAAUGACGCGUCAGUGAACACAGUGGAUAAAGCAAAAAAAGAAAUUGACAAAAUUCCCUACACAAGAGGUGGUACAGCAACCACAUUGGCUUUAGAUCUUGUACGUAGACUCAUUUUACCUUCAGCGAGAAAAGGCAGCAAGAAGGCGUUAUUUCUCAUUACUGACGGUGAAUCAAACAUUGGUGGAUCUCCUAAGAAAUUAGCAGAUGAUCUUAAAGAUAAAGACAAAGUGGAGAUAUAUGUUGUGGGAAUUGGGAAAAAAGUCCGUGAUAAGUCAUUGGAAGAACUUGCUUCUGAUCGUAAAUAUGUUUUUGCAAUAAAAGAUUAUGACGACUUGAAUAAAGUGAAGAGAAAGAUCAUAACAAAAGAUUAUUCUGCCUGUGGAAAAUCUUAUUUCGCGGGAAUUGACUCACGAGCUCGUAUUGUUGGUGGUCAUAAAGCAAAGGAAAAAGACUGGCCAUGGAUUGCAAGAAUUUUCGUUAAAGGCAAACAAGUAUGUGGAGGAACAUUGAUUAACAAAGAAUUUGUUUUAACUGCUGCUCACUGUUUUCAUGACAACACAAAAUCAUCUGAUGUCAUGGUGAUGUUCCAAGAUAUGGUACCGCUCACAAUUACUGAACUCCAUGUUCACCAAAACUAUCGCAACAACGAUUACCGACAUGACAUUGCGUUGAUAAAGAUUAAAAAACUAAAACGCUUCACACGGAAGAAGCAAGCAGUAUGCCUACCACGUGAUAUGGACAUAAAGACAUUGACAAAGAAUGACAGCAGGAUGUAUGCAGUUGGUUGGGGACGUACAACUCCUGUGAAACCCAAAGAGAAAACUAACGAUAAUAUAGAAGAAAAUCCAUUCAAGCAAGUAAGUUUGCCUUUUAAAUCGAACAAAUUUUGUGAAGAUAAGAUAAAGGAAAAAAGACAAAAAGAAAAGAAUGAUAAGUGGUAUUUUAACAAAAGAACCCAAUUCUGUGCUGGUGAUGUUAGUGGUAAGAAAGAUACCUGCCAUGGCGACAGCGGUGGACCCAGUAUGGUGAAUCGUAAACACCCCAAAACAGGUGAAUGGAGUUGGUUUCAAGUAGGAAUCAUAAGUUGGGGAGUCGGUUGCUCUCAGGUUGACGAAGUUGGCUUUUACACCAAGGUCUCGGCUUAUUUGGACUGGAUUGAUCGGAAGACGAAAUAGUUCAUUUAGUUCUACAACGUUACAAUGAACUUGUAAUUUGUAGUUUGAGGGAAAAAAAGCUUUUUUAUAUCAAUAAACACGUAGAAAAAGAUAAUUAAAUGCUUCUAGAUAGUUCUAGCAUGACUGUACCUCGAAAAUUAUAUAAAAAAUGAUGAUUAAAGAAUUGGACAUUCAUAGAAAA